AUGGACGAAAUCUUUGCUCAUGCUAAAAAUAUUCUGGUUAUCUGGGCACCUGAUGUUAAACCAGAAAAUUUACCAGUCUUUCAAGAAACAAUACAAACCAAAGCAAAACAAGCUAGUAUUGCCUUUGAAAACGUGGAUAUGCUUUUUGAGUCUCAUCGUUCAUCAUCAGCAUUUGAUAUAAUACUUUUUGGUCUUGUAAGUAAACGAGAUACACGAAUAACGAUUGAUAUUUUAAAUGAAUUAUUUCGUUUACUUCGUCCAAAUGGUUAUCUUAUAACACAUGUUGAACAUACAAAACAAUCGCAAACAAUUGAUCAAUUUAAAAUGUGUGGUUUUAGUAGUUGUAAUCCAUUAGAUACAAAUUCAUCGUUUUUAAUUGAAAAUAAAAAUGAUGAUGUUAAAAAACUUGGUUCAUUAUGGUUAUGUCAAAAACCAUCAUUUGACAUUGGUUACUCAGUACCAUUACGAAAUGCAACUGAUAGUCGUAUGGGACAAACAUCAUCAUCAUCAUCAUCAACAGCAGCUGGUGGAAAAAAAACAUGGACAAUGGAAGAUGAUGAUUUAAUUGAUACAGAUGAAUUAUUAGAUGAAAAUGAUCGAAAAAAACCUGAUGUUAAAAAAUAUGAUUGUGGUACAACAUCGACUGGUGUUCGAAAAGCAUGUAAAAAUUGUACAUGUGGUUUAGCACAAGAACUUGAACAAGAAGAACAUACAGCAGCAAAACAAUCGGUUAAAUCAUCAUGUGGAAGUUGUUAUCUAGGCGAUGCUUUUCGAUGUGCUGGUUGUCCAUUACGUGGUUUACCACCGUUUAAACCUGGCGAACGUGUUACCGUACCAAAUAUGUCCGACCCUAUUGUCUGCACUAUUAUUCCUGACAGUUAUGGAAAACGGGUUCUGUGUUACUAUACCAAUUGGUCGGGUUAUCGACCAAGUGCUGGACGAUUUUCUGUUCAAGAUAUUGAUCCUAAUUUAUGUACACAUAUUAUAUAUUCAUUUGCAAGUGUUCGAGGAAAUGGUUUAGGAACAACUGAGGGAAGCGAUCCUGAAAAUUAUAAACAAAUCAUUGCAUUGAAAGAGAAAAAUCCUGACUUAAAAGUCAUGCUUGCAGUCGGUGGUUGGAAUCAUGGAUCAGGCCCAUUUACACAAAUGGUUGCUACAGAACAAUCACGACAAGAAUUUGUUGAAAAUUCAUAUAACCUUAUUAAACAAUAUGGGUUUGAUGGUCUUGAUCUUGAUUGGGAAUAUCCAGCUGAUCGUGGUAGUCCACCUGAAGAUCGACAGCGAUUUACACAAUUAGUUGAGCAAUUAAGUAAAAAAUAUAAACCUGAGGGUCUUUUAUUAUCAGCUGCAACACCAGCAACACCUUGGAGAUAUGAUGGUAGCUAUGAACCUGAAAUUUGCAAACAUUUAGAUUUUAUUAAUAUGAUGACAUAUGAUUAUACUGGUCAAUGGGAAACUAUUGCUGGACAUAAUAGUCCAUUAACAAGUCAAAAACAAACUGUUGAACACAUGUUAAAAAAACCAGGUUGUACACCGGAUAAGUUAAAUUUAGGCAUGGGUGCAUAUGGACGAACUCAUCAACUUGCUAAUCCUUCAGCGACAGCAAUUGGUUCUCCUACUCUUGGUGGUGGUGCCAUGGCUGGUGCAUACACAGGAGAAAGUGGUUUUAUGAGUUAUUAUGAAGUAUGUCAAAAACUUAAGGAAGGAUGGAAAAAAGAAUGGUCGAAUCAACAUAAAGUACCAUAUGCCUACUCUGGUUCGAAUUGGGUUGGUUAUGAUGAUACAGAAAGUAUUGCUCUUAAAGCUGAAUAUGUCAACGAAAUGAAUUUAGGUGGAGCUAUGUUUUGGACAAUGGAUUUAGAUGAUUUUCGUGGUGAACAAUGCGGUGAAGGAAAGUAUCCAUUAAUUAAUACAGCGAAAGAUAUUGUCAAUGGAAAAGGGCCAUCAACAAAACCCACGAUAACGCGUACUACACCUACAAUGACAACAUACACUACACCUGCAAUGACAACACACACUACAUAUACAACUACACCAAAACCUGAUCAAACAGAUACGGCAGCAGUGUAUUGUCUAUAUUCAAAAGAAAAGCAAAUCUAUGCAAAUGUCUCAAAUGAUUGUCAAAGUUAUUAUGAAUGUCUGAUAACACCUAGUGGCAAGCAGAUAACUGUAUCACGAAAAUGUCCUACACCACUCAUUUAUUCUGAAGAUAAAAAGAGAUGUAUGAAAGAAAAAGAAUUAAGUGAUGUUCAAAUAAAAUGUUCAACAAAAUUGCGAAUUCCAGCAGCACCAAUAGCAUCAACUAAUUGUUGGGAUCCAUCAUCUUUCGUAAGUGAUUCAAUGUGUCGUUUCUUUACAGAUUGCUCAAGCAAAAGUCGUUAUGAAUGUCCAUCUGAUUCAUCAUUUGCAUUGAGUCUAAAACGAUGUGUACCAAAAGAAAAUGUUCAAUGUUGGUAUUAA